CGUAAAGUGGAGGGGGUCUCCAAUGAUGAACACGACGCCAUUAACUGUACGUCCAUCGACGCGUGUAUGGCACUGUUCGUCAGUUCUGCUGUUAUUCCGAGGCGAUUCGAGCAUUCGAAUCUUGGUGACCGUGGCGGAAGUCGACGUUUGCGGAAGAAAUUCGAUUGAAAUUAUUUUUCUUACCUGUACCUCCAAGAAAUCUGAACAAUGGCGAUCGUGGAAUCUUAUUGGACACCAUGCGUUUGGUCAAAUAGUGUUAAGACUGGCUGCAAAGCUAUAGCGUUUUACACAGUGGCAAUUAGUAUAGUGCUUAUUACACUAAUAUCCUAUCAACUAGCUGGUGGCGAUUCCACGCAGCUGUAUAAUCCGUUAUUCGAAGCUGAUGUAAGGGGAUCUAUGCAAGUAGUCGGAGGCUUCCUCAUCUUCUAUCUGCUUCUGUUAAUCAUAUGCGCCUUGUUAAUGAUUUACGGCGUAAAAGAAGGCGUGCGUGGAUGGUUAUUGCCAUGGCUCGUUGGAUGGUUCAUCGUUUGCUUGUUCCAGUUAGCCUUUGGACUGUGGCUUUUAGGCGGUUAUUAUAUUUAUUUGGAUUCUGUAUUUGCGACAUUAUGCAAUUGGCUUUGGAUGUCUUACAAUAUAUACUGCUGGCUGGUUGUUUUGUCAAUGUACAAAAUUUUUGCAAAGCUGCAAUCUCCAAACAUAGAACUUUUGUGGCCUUAAAAGAAAGCACAAUGUACGAAAACAAUAUGUACACAUCUAUUGCGACCAAAGUAAGAAAGAAUCUCUAUUUCCAUUUACUUGUAAAACGUAACUUUAUGUAAGAACACAUGAACUUGUUAAGAAUCACACAAAGUUCUCCAGUCGUUUUAAUAUACACUCGAAAAAUUUCAACAGUCUAAAAAAGCAAAAUUCAUCUUUUUAUCGAUAUUAUAUUUUAAUUUU